AUGGAGGACACGCAGCUUCUCGAGUGGGCAAAAGACGGGAGUUCCUCUCGUGUACAGCGCCUCCUUCAGUCGCGGAUCAAUCAAAUGACAUCGCUCAACAUCAACUGUCGAUCAAAGUCCAAAGGCAGCCCUGGAUGGACGCCCCUUCACCUGGCAUGUUAUUAUGGAAAAAAAGACAUUGUGGAAGAGCUGCUAAAAGCAGGCGCUGAUGUGAACUUGCAGGACAACAUGGGGGAUACACCUCUGCAUAAAGCAGCCAGCACCGGAAGAAAGGAGAUUGUUCUGUUGCUGCUGCGUUAUGAUGCCUCUGCCAGUAUCAUCAAUGGAAUAGCACGGAUAGCUAAAGAUGUCACAGAGGACGAUGAAAUUGUAACUAUGCUCGAGGCCGCGGAGAGGAGAGAGGCAAGGCGGCAGGAGGAGAGACUUCUGGACGCUGCAAGAGAGGGGGAUAUUUCCACGCUGUCUAAGAUACUUAGUGGGAAGGAAGUUGAUGUGCACUGCAAGGAUUCGGUGGGCAAUACGCCCUUACACUGUGCUGCCUACAGAGGGCACAAGCAGUGCAUGAUAAAACUGCUUAAAAGCGGCGCCUGCCCUACUGUCAGAAACAACCAAGGUCAGACAGCAAUGGACCUGGUCCGCACUCAUGAACUCAAGCAGAUUCUAAUUGACCAUCAGGACAAGGACACAAAUAACAUUUUGCAGAAGGUUGAAGGCCCUCUUUGGAAGAGUUCGCGACUUAUCGGAUGGCGUCUUCACUGGGUGGUAAUUGAGGAUGGAACUGUUUCCUGGUACUCCAGAAAGGCUGAAUCGGGAGCAAGUGUAAGAAAACAAGGCUGCAGAUCUUUAGCACAAGCUUAUUGCAUGGUCAAACCAUGGGACCAUUGCUUCUUUAUGCUCAAGUGCGCUGACAACUCCGCACUGUGUUUCAAAGUUCCUUCAAAGACUGACUCUGUGGCUUCAAGAAAAAGGUGGUUGGAUGCCUUUGAGGCACACUCCUCUUACAGCACUCGCCACUGCACACCCCGACAGCAAACCGACGACGCGGAUGACGACUAUGGUGUUGUGACAAACAACGUAACACAAGCUUUGCAGGCCGCCAGUGCGUGCCAGCAGAAACUGGAGAGUGAGGUUUCCGUUUUUACUUCUAUGGUGAAGAAUGAGGAGAACUCUGCACUGGCUGCACCUCUUCUCCUGAAAGCCAAAGACUCCAGUGAGCUCUCUAGUCAAACUUGUGAUGCUCUCCAGCUCUGCCUUCAGCUGUUAUCUCAACAAGUGGAGGUGUGGACUUUGAAGUUGGAGCAGGAGGAAGAGAAGAACAAAGCUCUGACGGAGGCGCUACAAACGAUCGCCACUGAGCACCACGAGCUGAAGCAGUCCCUGAGCAAGAACAGGAAGUCGCCAACCCUCAGCACCCUUGCCGAAGAUGAUUUCUAUGACGCUGUGUCAGAGUCCGAGUCGGAGCUGUCCGUGAGCGGCUUUCUGUCUGUGGCCAGCUACUCCUGUGAAGAGGACGAGGGGAAAGACGCCCCCCUUCCCAGCAGCCGCCGCCAUCCCAGCGCGCUCGGGGGGGCCGCCGGAAUGUCAGGGGAGGGUAGUCAUGGCAACCAGAACAAUGCCGCCAAGAAACACAGAACAUCUUUACCAGCUCCUAUGUUCUCCAGAAAUGAUGUCAGCAUCUGGAGCAUCUUGAAAAAAUGCAUCGGCAUGGAGCUGUCCAAGAUCGCCAUGCCGGUAAUAUUGAACGAGCCGCUGAGCUUUCUCCAGAGGCUCACCGAAUACAUGGAGCACACCUACCUCAUCCACCGGGCAAAUGCCACCGCUGACUCUGUCGAACGAAUGAAGUGUGUUGCAGCGUUCGCGGUGUCCGCUGUGGCGUCACAGUGGGAGAGGACCGGCAAACCCUUCAAUCCUCUACUGGGUGAAACUUAUGAGCUCAUCAGAGAUGACUUGGGCUUCAGGUGGGUGGCUGAGCAGGUGAGCCAUCACCCUCCCGUCAGUGCCUUUCACGCAGAGGGCCUCAAAGAGGAUUUUGUCUUCCACGGCUCUAUCUACCCCAAAAUCAAGUUUUGGGGGAAGAGCAUAGAAGCUGAGCCCAAAGGAGUCAUCACACUGGAACUUCCCAAGUACAAUGAAGCCUACACCUGGACAAACCCCACCUGCUGCGUCCACAAUAUUAUCGUCGGCCAGCUUUGGAUCGAGCAGUACGGCAGCGUGGAGGUGGUCAAUCACAAGACAGGGGAGCGUUGCAACAUAACCUUCAAACCUUGUGGCCUCUUUGGGAAGGAGCUCCAUAAAGUGGAGGGAUACAUUCACGAUAAAAGCAAGCGAAAACUCUGUGCCAUCUAUGGCAAAUGGACAGAGUGCUUAUACACAGUGGACCCAGCAACCUUCGAUGCUCACAAAAAGUCGGACAGAAAGAAUUCAGAGGAGAAAAAGGCUAGUAAACGGAACAGCGUAGACGAAGAGCCCGAGGAGAUGCCGCCGCCUGAUGCCGAGACGGUGCAGGUGAUCCCGGGAAGCGAGCUCGUCUGGAAAAUGACACCUCGUCCCGAGAACUCAGCCAAGUUUUACGCUUUCUCCACAUUCGCCAUGCAGCUGAACGAGCUGGAUGAGAAGAUGGAGGGACUUCUACCAUCAACGGACAGUCGUUUCCGGCCAGACAUACGCGCCAUGGAGAACGGAGAUAUCGACGUAGCGAAUGCAGAGAAGAAGCGACUAGAGGAAAAACAAAGGACAGCAAGGAAAAAUCGCGGCAAGUCAACAGAUGACUGGAAAACCAGUCAAAGAUGGUUUCAGCAAGGAGCCAACCCGCACAACAAAGCUCAAGACUGGCUGUACUUGAAAAGCUACUGGGACAGGAAGUUCAUGCAGCUACCUGACAUCUACUAG